AUGGCGAGGUUGGAUUGCAGGCAUCCUAUAUCCUGUGUGGCAGCGGUGUACCAGUCUUGGGCCAAGGACGCCUCCUGCACUAACCGGCCCAUCUCCUCACGGUGGGCCCUCUCCGAGUCCGUCGACAGAGGGGACUCCGGCGCGGCCGCCGGCACCUCGGAGGGCCCAGCUUUUCCCAAGCCAGGCGGCACCCGCACGACUACCCCUGUGGAGCGUGGGACAGGGGAUCCUAUGAUAGCGGCCCUGCCAAGAAGGACGAGCGGCACGACGUCAAUCGCAGUAAUGCCGGUGACAAACUCAGGGAGCAGGAUGGCAAGACUUACCCCUGGUCCGUCGGCUAGUCGGACGGCAUCAGAUGUCCGGGACGGAGCGGCGGACGAGCCGUCCAUCGAGUCAGCGAGGACUCGAAAGCGGACGGCCGCCUCUGCUGGUAGCAGUGACAGGCGCCCUUCUCCUUCAAAGAAACGAGCAGUGAGCUCUAUUGUGAACCCGGCCGCCUCGACUCAAGCUGCGCCGAGCGAGUCUAGGGGUAGUGGUUCUGCCAGGGGGCAGAGUGCUUCGGGGCUGAGCGGCGUCCCGAACAAUCCUGAUGCUCUUGGAGUUGAUAAUACGGAGAAGGAUGUCUUCGACUCCUUGAACACCAUUGCCCAGUUGCCCCCUAGUCCGUCAAAGGCUGGGGGUCGUCCGGACGAUUCUGCUAUUCGAACGACAGAGAGUCCGGUGAUUGAGAAGGCGGGCAAGAAGUCUCAUUUUGUUGGCACUGAUAAGCAAACCGAGGAUCGGCCCGGGAGUCCUGCGGCUGCUUCGAAAGUUGAACUGUCUUCGCAGGAGACACCGCGGCAAGAGGUGGAGAGGUCGGUUGAAGGGUUGACUGUUGUGGCCCGACAGAUUCUGGGCUGUCAUUAUAUUCUUGCUGAUCUAGCUAAGCAAGUCGCUGAACGGGCCGAGUUCCUUCAGCAGACUGGAGAGGGUCUUCAGCUGUCUACUGACCAAGCGCAGCAGCUGGAGAAGAUGGCUGCUCUUGAAAGGUCUUCUCAGGAGCAGUUAGAGAAGGUUAGACUUCUGGAGGCCCGAGUCGAAGCUUUGGAGCAAGAUAAUUCUGCUCUUCAAGAUAAGGCCUCCAAGCUGCAGGAAAAGGCAAAGGGCCUUGCCAAGGAGAAGAAGGAUGCUGUGGAGAAGCUAACUAAGAUCAAAGCUGACUCUGACAAAUAAAUGGUCAAAGACAUGAAGCAGAUCAAGGAGUUGGCAGCUGAUCGUGAUCAGAAGGCCCAACAGCUGGCUGAUCUUGAGACGGCAGCUCAAGUAGUCAUUGGGAUGGUCGAGGAGGGAGAAGCUGGUGAGAAGAGUCUGCUGGAGCGUCUUCGUGACGCCCCUCAGCGACUUAGUAGCUUCUUCUCCGAGACGUCUAGAGAUUACUUAGCUCAUGCUUUAGGAUUAGUGAAAUCCUUUCUUCCUUCUGCAAGCUUGUCCCUUAUCGGCGAUGGGGUGGCCGUUGGCUGUUCAGAGGAGAAGUUCUCUGAAUAUGUCAUGGAGAUGAAGCUCAUUGCUGAUAUGGUUAUCAGCGGUUUGGAGCCGGCGCCUGAGGCUUGAACAUUUUCUUGUAAUAUUCUUUUGGCUCUUGUGUGGAUGUGUGUCCACUGUCGUACUUUCAACAUCUUGAUGUAUAGUACUU